AUGAAGGAUAAGGAAGGAAGGUUAAGAACAAGAGAGGAAGUGAAGGAUAAGGAAGAAAGGUUAAGAGCAAGAGAGGAAAUGAAGGCUAAGGAAGAAAGUAUUCCAAGCGACAUUACUACAACUACGACUGCAACAGCCAGUGACUACUACUACGACUAUAACACAACCGGUGACUACAACUACGACAACACCAGCUAUGACUACAACUACGACUACACCAGCCAUGAGUACAACUACGACUACACCAGCCAUGACUACAACUACUACGACUACAACAACCGUUGCCCUCACACCCCGUCACGCCCUGCAAUACCCUCAUACCCCGUCACGCCCUACAAUACCCUCACACCCCGUCACGCCCUGCAAUACCCUCACACCCUGUCACGCCCAGCAAUAUCUUCACAUCCCGUCACGCCCUGCAACACCCUCACACACCGUCAAGCCCUGCAACACCCUCACACCCCGUCAAGCCCUGCAACACCCUCACACUCCGUCACGCCCUGCAAUACACUCACACCCUGUCACGCCCAGCAACACCCUCACACCCUGUCACGCCCAGCAACACCCUCGCACCCUGUCACGCCCUGCAACACCCUCACACCCCGUCACGCCCAGCAACACCCUUUACACCCCGUCACGCCCUGCAACACCCUCACACCCCGUCACGCCCUGCAACACCCUCACACCCUGUCACGCCCUGAAACACCCUCACACCCUGUCACGCCCUGCAACACCCUCACACCCCGUCACGCCCAGCAACACCCUCACACCCCGUCACGCCCUGCAACACCCUCACACUCCGUCACGCCCUGCAACACCCUCACACACUGUCACGUCCUGAAACACCCUCACACCCCGUCACGUCCUGCAACACCCUCACACCCCGUCACGCCCUGCAACACCCUCACACCCUGCAACACCUUCACACCCCGUCACGCCCUGCAACACCUUCACACCCCGUCACGCCCUGCAACACCCUCACACCCCGUCACGCCCUGCAAAACCCUCACACCCCGUCACGCCCUGCAACAACCUCACACACCGUCACGCCCUGCAACACCCUCACACACCGUCAAACCCCACCUUUAUACAGGAGCGGCACUUGAAGGGUAUAGUUUAGGACCAACGACCACAUGA